UUUCGCAGCGUUUACGGGGGCUCCGAUGCGGUGGGAGAGACCGUUUACGGGGGCUCCGAUGAGCUCUCCGAUGACAUCACGCAGCAGCAGCUCCUGCCCGGGGUCAAGGACCCCAAUCUCUGGACCGUGAAGUGCAAGAUCGGGGAGGAGCGCGCCACGGCCAUCGCCCUCAUGCGGAAGUUCAUCGCGUACCAGUUCACCGACACGCCCCUCCAGAUCAAGUCGGUGGUGGCCCCCGAGCACGUGAAGGGGUACAUCUACGUGGAGGCCUACAAGCAGACCCACGUCAAGCAGGCCAUCGAGGGGGUGGGCAACCUGCGGAUGGGCUACUGGAACCAGCAGAUGGUGCCCAUCAAGGAGAUGACCGACGUCCUCAAGGUGGUCAAGGAGGUCACCAACCUCAAGCCCAAGUCUUGGGUGCGCCUCAAGAGGGGCAUCUACAAGGACGACAUCGCCCAGGUGAGGAGGAGGAAGAGGAGGAAGGGCCUGGGGGGUGUUGGGAUGGGACCCCCCCAGAGGCUUUUCGAUGCCGAGAAGAUCCGGUCCCUGGGGGGGGACGUGGCCUCCGACGGCGACUUCCUCAUCUUCGAGGGCAACCGCUACAGCCGCAAGGGCUUCCUCUUCAAGAGCUUCGCCAUGUCGGCCGUGAUCACGGAGGGGGUGAAGCCCACCCUCUCGGAGCUGGAGAAGUUUGAGGACCAGCCCGAGGGCAUCGACCUGGAGGUGGUGACGGAGAGCACGGGGAAGGAACGGGAGCACAACUUCCAGCCGGGGGACAACGUGGAGGUGUGUGAGGGGGAGCUCAUCAACCUUCAGGGCAAGAUCCUCAGCGUCGACGGCAACAAGAUCACCAUCAUGCCCAAACACGAGGACCUGAAGGACAUGCUGGAGUUCCCGGCGCAGGAGCUGAGGAAGUACUUCAAGAUGGGGGACCACGUGAAGGUGAUCGCGGGGCGCUUCGAGGGGGACACGGGGCUCAUCGUCCGGGUGGAGGAGAACUUCGUCAUCCUCUUCUCCGACCUCACCAUGCACGAGCUGAAGGUGCUGCCCCGGGACCUGCAGCUCUGCUCGGAGACGGCCUCGGGGGUGGACGUUGGGGGGCAACACGAGUGGGGGGAGCUGGUGCAGCUGGACCCCCAAACCGUGGGCGUCAUCGUCCGCCUGGAGAGAGAGACCUUCCAGGUGCUGAACAUGUACGGGAAGGUGGUGACGGUGCGGCACCAGGCCGUCACCCGCAAGAAGGACAAUCGCUUCGCCGUGGCCCUGGACUCGGAGCAGAACAACAUCCACGUCAAGGACAUCGUCAAAGUCAUCGACGGCCCUCACUCGGGCCGGGAGGGGGAGAUCCGCCACCUUUUCCGGGGCUUCGCCUUCCUGCACUGCAAGAAGCUGGUGGAGAACGGGGGGAUGUUCGUCUGCAAGACCCGACACCUCGUCCUGGCGGGGGGCUCCAAGCCCCGGGACGUCACCAACUUCACGGUGGGGGGCUUUGCCCCCAUGAGCCCCCGCAUCAGCAGCCCCAUGCACCCCAGCGGGGCCGGCCAACGGGGGGGUUUUGGGGGCGGUGGGAUGAGCCGUGGCCGCGGGCGCCGGGAUAACGACCUCAUCGGGCAGACGGUGCGCAUCUCCCAGGGACCCUACAAAGGCUACAUCGGGGUGGUGAAGGACGCCACGGAGUCGACGGCCCGCGUGGAGCUGCACUCCACCUGCCAGACCAUCUCGGUGGAUCGGCAGCGCCUCACCACCGUGGGGUCCCGGCGCCCCGGCGGGAUGACCUCGGCCUACGGGCGCACCCCCAUGUACGGCUCCCAGACCCCCAUGUACGGCUCCGGCUCCCGCACCCCCAUGUACGGCUCCCAGACCCCCCUGCACGACGGUGACCGGGCCUCCAGCGGCACCGCCGGCACCGACGAGGUGCUGCGGGAGCGGCUGCGGCGGCACCAGGACAUCUCCUGCCUCAACAGAGACCCCUCCAAGGUGGUGGUGGUGGACUGUCGCCGGGAGGCCUUCUGCCUCCAGCCCUACAACGGCCUGGCCCUGCCCCGCUGGGACGGCAGCUCCGAGGAUCGGGCCCUCUACGACCUCACCGCCUUCCUCAAAAGUGGGUCCAGACCCCCCCUGUCCCCCCCCCUGCUCCCACAACCACCCCAGGGACCUCUGGAGAUCACCCAGAGCCGGGUGGGAUUCAUCCAGGAGGAUGGAGACCCCACCACCACCUUCUGGGCGGCCUCUUACAAGGGUUUGGGACCCUCAGAGGGAAGAAGUUCCUCCUCAAAGCGUUGA